UCAAGUGGAUUGACAAGAAAAUGAAGAUCAUUUUUUAUUUGCUGCUGAUUCUCAGAGUGGGGCGAUGCACAGAUGAUCAGAUCCUUGAAACAAAGACUGUUGGUGUUGGACAAAACGUGACUCUGACUUGUGCUCGCGACACAUCUCUCAUCCGAGAAACCUGGUUUUGGAUCAGAAUUGUUUCUGGAAACUUACCUGAAUUCUUGGGAGGAACAUAUAAUUUUAUUUAUGAUGAUAGUGAUAAGACUCUUCGCAUUACAACAAAACAAGAACCUGGAACAUUUCUGCUGCAUAUUCAUGAAGCAAAGCUAAGCGAUGUCGGACUUUACUCCUGUAUGAAAGUAAACCAACUUAAUUUAACAUUUUUAAAAGGAACAUUUCUGAGUAUUGGAGAACCUGAUAUCACUUUCAUCACUCAAGACUUCCCAUCUGCUCCGGUCCGUCCAGGAGACUCAGUGACUCUGCAGUGUUCCGUCCUCUCACACUCUGAGAGGAGAACGUGUCCAGGAGAACCGAGUGUGUUCUGGUUCAGAGUCGGAUCGGAUGAAUCUCAUCCCAGUUUAAUUUAUGCCCAAAGAAGCAACAGUGCUGGAUGUGAGAAGAGUCCUGAAGCUCACUCUCCACAGAAAUGCGUCUACAGCUUCUCUAAGGACGUCACCUCCUCUGAUGUCGGCACUCAUUACUGCGCUGUGGCCACAUGUGGACAGAUAUUAUUUGGAAAUGGAACAAAACUGGACAUUAAGGAAACCGGCUUGGGGUCCUUAAGUGACAAUAUAUUUCUGCUCCUGCUGUGUGCUGUCUUGGCUAUAAGUGUGAACGUCGCAGCUUUCCUCAUUUACGCCAUCAAGAAAAACAAGUGUGAUUAUUGCAAUAAUGAAGCUGCUGUUUUGCUUCUAGAAAGUGUUGCAAAAAGGAAGUUAAAGAGAAAUGAAGACGCGUGGAUGUAUUCUACUGUCGUCUUCAAUGUGAUGAAAUCUGCCGGUGGUGGAACGAGGGACGCCAAGCAGCGGAGAGAGAGAGGAUCUACGCCGCUGUCAAGGCUUUUGGGUUGGAUUAGCAUGUUGAGGGGACUGUUUGAGGUCAACAGGUGA